AUGCACCCAAUGAAUGUGCAGGAAAUGGAUCUUUGCGUGGAUAAUAUCAUUAUUUGCCCGUUUUGUUCUCUCUUAGGCACAACAUUCCACACACGGAUGCUGGUCUCCUUGGCGCCGGUCGUGGGAGCCUGUGCGAGGCACGGGAUGAUGAAGUGUCAGUGGUAUAUACGACCUAUUUUCAGGAGGGUAGGAAGGCUGCAGCCGCCUUCAUUACGUGUCGUUUCGUUCUCCAGGCGCUGUUCUUCCAUCCCCCGAAGUGGUGGAGUUCUUCCACUGGGACUUGAGGAGUCAAGUGAUUCAGCUCCGGUCUGGGAGCGUAUUGUUGUGAGUAUCCAAGACAUGCUGCAAAAUGUAGACGACACGGAGGCUUUGAGACGAUUCUGUCUUCUCUGGCGAAGCCACUUUCCCCGGACUGAAACCACUUCCCUUCUCUCUACAUUGGAGAAGGAACUGCUUGCGAACCAUAGUGAUCCACAGGGCACUGGGGAGCGGGUUCCGCGCGACCUGUAUUGCCUUCCUGUUUUCGUACAGGCUCUUUGUUCAGCUUUGCGACUGUGCACUCUCCGAGCAGGACCACCGAGCCUCCAAAUGCCAGAAAACGUAGUGUCUGUCAAUGCGGCUGUGCAUGGCUUGGAUGAGGGACUACUUUCCACCGUUGUUGAUGAGAUCCGUGUAGUUAUUUUUUACCUGGCGCGUGAGAGACUUACGCAUGUCUGGCACGCCAUACAUGAUCACUUACCUGAUGAAAAGUUGGCUACGGAAUGCGAAAAUGGAGUGAACACUACGAACGAUGUCGUACCAACACAGGCACCAAGUCCAAUACCGUCACGUGAUGGGGAGCGCCUUAGCCAUAUGGGUGUGAAACUUUCCGCUGAACUUCUUCAACAUGCCAUAAUGCUGGCUGACACCGGCGGAGCACUGUUGUCGGUUGAUCCGCCUGUUGUUCUGCUCCCCGUUGUUUAUCAACUCUUGUUGCCCGCACUUGGUGCUUGCGAACAACUUGAUAGCAAGCGACUUGGCAGGCUCGCUACGGCCUUUGCCCAAUGCACGGAUUUUGAUGAUCCCCACGUGGGUCAGGCCUCGAUUUCUUCUGCCGAUAUCAGUGUUAACGACUCUGAUGAUAGAGAUGAGAAUAAAUCCGCCACAACCUCCGCCCCUGCGACCAGUGAGGCCCUUAAGCCCGUUAUGACGUCGUACACCGUAUUGUCUCAAAUGAACGCAUUAGCUAGAGCCACUGAGGUUCGCAUGCGUGAGGUGACAACCCGGUUAAGGCCAACCCCAAGUCAGACCAAUAUUGAAGCAGUGAAGUUGCGAUUGCUUUCACUAAAGGAGCGUAAGGUGGCAGAGCGAAAGGCUGCAAAGCAUGAAGGAUCAGUGGUGAACGCAGAGGAGUUGCUUGAGGAUGUUGCUGUGCUGUGUUGUGCUCUUGCUUCUCGCCGUUAUAUGGACGACGCAUUUUGGAGUAGGGUUACGGAGUUCACAUGUUUGACCAUCGAGAUAACAUCAACUGCAGAAGUUCCGCGAGAUGUGCGUCACAUUCUCUUUUCCCUGUACUACGUGAAGCAGUUAACUAUGUACGAUCGACUCAUGUCAGUUUUAGUGAGACGGGGUAUGCUCCGCGAACCUGUCCCCCCACCAUCAGAGGUGCAUGAGGUAAUGAAAAAGGUCCGAGGUAAGACGGCGGCUGACUUUCAGCAAGAAUAG